AUGACAUAUAUAAUUGGAGACAUCAACAAGCAGUAUGGUCUUCAGAUGACAUAUAUGCAAGCAUGGAGAUCGAAAGAAUAUGCAGUUCAAGUACUGAGAGGGAACCUGAGCGAAUCAAAUGAAAAGCUGCCAAACUACUUUUAUAUGCUGGUUCUUACAAAUCCUAUGUCGGUGGUAAGUUUGAAAAAAAUAGAGGAAGACUUGUUCAUGUAUGCUUUCGUUGCACUACAUCCGUCUAUAAAAGGAUGGCAGUAUUGCAAACCGGUUAUUGUUGUAGAUGGAACCUUUCUUAAUUCGGCAUAUAGAGGAACAUUAUUGAUAGCAUCAACACAAGAUUCAGCAGGUAAUAUCCUACCACUCGCAUAUGCCAUAGUAGAUUUAGAGAAUAAUGCUUCCUGGGAGUGGUUUUUUGCGAGAUUCAAGGAUGCAUUUGGGGAAAGGGAGGGAAUGUGCAUAGUCUCGGACAUGCAUGAAGGCAUUGAAAAUGCAGAGGCAACAUUGUAUCCACAAGUACCUCAUUGUGUCUGCAUAUGGCAUAUAUGGAAUAAUGUAAAAAAAAUUACAAAAAAAACCAUUUGCUACUCAAAGACAUUCUUUGCUAUGGCCAAAGCAUGCACAGUUGAGAAGUUUGAUUACCACAUGGCAGAGGUAGAGAAAAUUGAUAAGAGGGUCAAAGAUUACUUAAUGAAUGUUGGUGCUCAAGGCUGGUAG